CUUCACCGAGUGACGUGUCAUGUGAAUAAGUCUGGUUCACGAGAAGCAAACAAAACAGGCGCCCCACGCUGAUGACGGAAAUUGCACGAGACGUGAUGAUGUUUAUUCUCGGUUGUGUUUUGUUAGUUCUUGUGAGGAGCUCUGCCUCACAAGGGCCGAUUGUUGGUGGUUUAAACGAAGUGAGACCCGCUACAGCGAAUCAGCAGCAGCUAUGUGAUCAGGUUAAAUCGGACUUGGAAACUAAAGCAAGUAGAACGUUUACAACGUACAAGGCCAUAAGUUACCGUACACAAGUUGUAUCAGGAAUCAACUACUUUAUUAAGGUGGAUGUUGGUGACCAAUACUAUCAUCUGAGGAUAUUCAACCCCCUCCCCUACAUGAACAGCGGACCUUCCCUUGUUGCAUAUCAAAGAGGAAAAACCGGAAAGUCGGAACUGAGUUAUUUUAAAUAGUCUCCGUAGUCUUGUCAAAGUUGAUAUUCACAGUGCUGGCUAAACAGAUCUAUAAUCAGAGACAUUGUCAAAGAGAAGAAUUUUAAACAAUUAUUGAUAUGAAAUAUGUUUCAUUGAUAAUAUCUUACAUGAACUAUUUGAUGAAAUAAAGUUCUGUUUCACAUACAAA